GCUAGCUGUACGCAUCCUCUUAAAAAACGGCAGAUUUCAGUUUCGUAGUCUCCAACUUAUUCUCCUUUAAGUAAGGAAAGAAGAAAAGAAGUGGCUUAUUAAAUAAAGGUUGUGGCAGAGCAUUUUGUAAGAAACCAUUUCAGUGUGCUAGAGGACCAUUUUUAAUUUGAACCACCAACGUGCCCUGGGAUAACAAAAGUUGACAUUCUACGAAAGAAGGUAUCAGAGGAAACAUUCCAAAAUGGAGUCCAAGUAUUUCAUCUUAAUUUUGCUUUGUCAAUACCUGAACAAUACAUUUUUCUCAGAGACAGAAGCAACUACAACAGAGCAUCAAACACAGCCUACUGUACUUACAUCAUCAAUGUUAUAUGUUGCAACUAAUUCUCAAAACACAACAGAGAAUGCUUUAAAUCAAACAACACAAGUCAAUAUUUCUUCUGGACGACAAUUACUGCCUGCCAAAAUCACUCCUGGACAACCAACAACAGCUCUUUAUGUCUCUUCUACAGUACCAGUAUUGCAUACUUCUGCAAGACCACUCGUCUAUAACAUCACCAGACAUGCAAUAUCAACAGUCAACAACUCCUUCCCACAAAUGCCACUACCUGAGUCCACUUUGGCCAAUCAACCAUCACCUUCUACUCAUAAUUCCACUAGACAACCACCAAGACCUCUUGUCUAUACUUCCACACAACAGCCACGGUUACCUGAUCCUACCCCUUCUGGAAAACCAGUACCACAGACUGUUCAUAAUCUACCCAUAAAACCAACACCAACUAUUUACUCACCUAGGACUAGCAAAUCAUCAAGGAACACACAAUUGUUCACUUCAGAACCAAUGAGUGGCAAAGGAACUGCACAUAAAACCAACCACAAUGCACUAGCUGCCAUAAUAAUUGGUGCAAUAAUAAUUUCUAUGUUGGUAGCUAUACUCAUGAUUAUAUUAUGGAAAUACUUGAGGAAACCAGUUUUAAAUGAUCAAAACUGGGCGGGUAGGUCUCCAUUCGCUGAUGGAGAAACACCAGACAUGUGUAUGGAUAACAUUAGAGAGAGUGAAGUAUCCACAAAGCGCACAUCAGUUGUUUCACUUAUGACUUGGAAACCAAGCAAAAGCACACUGUUAGCAGAUGAUUUAGAAGUUAAGCUGUUUGAAUCAAGUGAACACAUCAAUGAUACCAAUAACCUCAAAGCUGAGAGUAUAAAAGAUCAAAUAAAUGGUGUAUCAGAAGACAGUGCUGAUCGGUCAACAAUUGGUACAGCUGUGUCUUCUUCAGAUGAUGCAGACCUGCCCCUGCCACCUCCCCUUCUUGAUCUGGAUGGGAACCCAUCUGACAGGCCCACAAUGGUAACUGUAUCUCCUUUACCAAAUGAUCCUACCAAUUUCCAAUCAUCUCCAGAUAAUCUAAAUCAAGCAUGUGAAGAUCAUAAUUCCAAUAUCAAACAGCCAUUUCCACCACCCCCUAACUCUAAUUUGCCUCUGCCAGCAGUAGAUUGUAUAAACAGUCAAGAGUCUAACCAUGAGAUUCAAGGGCAGGAGUUCUCUACUCUUGACUUCCAUCAGGAUCUCACUGACUCCCUGCCACCACCACCUCCAGAGCUGCUGUAAAGUGACAGCUUGCUUUCUAGUCUGUCCCUUAGUCUGAGAAAACUCCAUCCUGGUCCUGAUCACGGUAGGGCACACAUCACAUGACAAGUGACAGCUGACUGACUUCUGUUUAGGAAUUACCUGAUACCUUAGUGAAGCCCAUGUACUUGGGUAGAUUAUUACAGUGGUAUAAUUAUCAGCUAUAGAACUUAUGCUUAAAGCAGAGCACCUUUUAUAUAUGUGACUGAUACAUACAUCAAUAAUGUUACCAUUUUGGAAACAUGUAGUAUAUAUGUACUUAUUGUUACCCAAUAGAUUUUCCCCUUGAAAAGCUGUAUGUAAACUUGUGUUGACUAAAUAAAAUUUUAUUUUUCCAUCUCAAAA